AUGGUUCGAAUUCUAGAAAGUGAUACCACUACUAUAGAUGCACGGAACAAACUCAAAGCAAAAUUUAUUAAUAACAAAGGCUCUAGUGUAGCAGCCCUCGAACAAGAAUUUUCCAAUCUCAAUCUAGUUGCAUUUUCGCCAAUGGAAGCCUAUUGUCGGAAAUUGAAAGAUUUAGCAAACCUACUAGGAGAUGUUGAUAACCCUGCCGCUGAAGCAAGACUCAUCUUACAGAUGGUUCGUAGACUACCACCAGAAUUUGAUAUCACCGGGGAAUAUAUCAAUCAAAGCUCUCCAUCAUGGCAGAUGGCUCGUAGCAUGUGA